AUGAGGAAGGGUGCUAAGAGGAAGACGACACACAAGGGCGAGCCUCCGAAGAAGCCGGUGGCAGAGGCGGCGGCGGCGGCGGCGGUGGAGGAGCUGAAGAAUGAGCCGAGCCAAUCUUCUGGCCAGCCGGUCGAAGAUAACAACUUACCGGAGGGUUUGGAUAAUGGAAAGCCGGAGCCGAGCGAUAAAGCGGCUGCCAAGGGUAGACGUAAGCGAGCCAAAGUCUCCAAGCCUGAGACGGAGACCGAGUAUUUUCCCGAGAAGCGAAAUUUGGAGGAUCUCUGGCAGCAGGUUUUUCCAGUUGGUACAGAGUGGGAUCAGUUGGACAUGGUGUAUCAAUACAAUUGGAACUUUUCUAAUUUGGAAGAUGCAUUGGAAGAAGGAGGUGAAUUGCACAAUAAGACGGUCUACCUCUUUGGUUGUACUGAGCCUCAAUUGGUCUCUUUCCAGGGUCAGGCAAAAGUUACAAUGAUCCCUGUGGUGGUAGCUAUUGUAUCACCCUUUCCUCCCUCGGACAAGAUUGGAAUAAAGUCAGUUCAAAGAGAAACUGAAGAAAUUUUGCCAAUGAAGCAGAUGAAAAUGGCCUGGGUUCCAUAUAUCCCACUUGAAAAGAGGGAGGCACAGGUUGAAAGACUUAAAAAUUCAAAAAUCUUCAUCUUGAGCUGCACCCAGAGAAGGGCUGGUCUACAGCAUUUGAAGAUAGAGCGCGUUAAGAAGUUCGAGUAUUGCUUACCCUACUUCUACAAUCCCUUCCUGGAAGAUGAAGUUGAACAGAGCACAGUGGUGCAGAUCUUGUACCCAAUCGACCCCAAGCCGGUUUUCUGUGAAUUUGAUUGGGAGUUAGAUGAGCUUGAGGAGUUCACUGAUAAGCUUGUUGAGGAAGAAGAGCUGACGGAAGACCAGAAAGAAGCUUUCAAGGAUUUUGUGAAGGAGAAAGUUCGAGAAGCUAAAAAAGCCAAUCGCGAGGCUAGGGAAGCUCGCAAAAAAGCACUGGCAGAAAUGAGUGAAGAAACCAGGGCUGCGUUUGAGAGUAUGAAAUUCUACAAAUUCUAUCCUGUAUCCACACCUGACACACCCGAUGUAUCAAGCGUGAAGUCACCCUUUAUCAACAGAUACUAUGGUAAGGCUCAUAUGGUUUUGUGA